AUGGUGGGGACACCACUACACUCGCAUAAUUUCACCCCCAACUUAAGUUUAAAGUUUGGACGUGCAAUUCUGGGACACCCUGUAUAUUUGAAGCAGGGGAUAAAUAAUUUACGGGGUCUCCAACCCAUCGUCAGAAAAUCCCGAGCAUCACGACUCGUGGAAUCUAUCACAUUCUCUAGUCUUCUUUUUUUUUUUAAGUUAUUACGUUUAAGUCAUUACGUUUACGUUUUAGUUAGAGUUUUUGUCCGUUGUCGGUUCGAUACUGAGGGAGAAAGUGAAGGACUUCUCCGACUUGAACGUCACCUGGAGCGAAAGCCCUGGAUAACGAGCUUUGGCCGACCUAAGAUGACACCCCAAUCUCUACUCCCAAGCCGGACCAGUCUACCACUCAGUCCACGAUUUUUCUACUAUUAACUUCGAGAUCUCUACAAAAAAGUAAAAAACAAUGCGAAACCUCGUUCGCUGCAGGGUCAAUUGCUGCAGCGGGAAUUUUUCUACUGUGCAGCAACGAAAACUCAAAAUUUCGAUCGGAUGCAAGGAAAUCCACUUUGUCCAAGGAAUCCAAAAAAUCCUGAGGCAUUAGCUAAAUAGGCGAACGCGAAGAGUGGGUUCCCAUAGAGCGAUGCAAUAAUGACACAGCUGAAGGAAGCGGGCUGGAUGCAUCAUUUAGCUCCUCAUGAAGUUGCCUGCUACCUGACUAGAGGAGAUCUUUGGAUUUCCUGGGAAAAAAGGAUAAAGAUGUUUGAUGAGUUGCUGCUGGCAUAUGGAUGUGACUGUCUUGCACUCUUCAUUUUUUCAACAUAUUUUCCAUUGCUACUGUCCAGUGAUAUUUGGCGGGAAAGCCGACCCCAAUGGGGUAAUCCCCAUAUCCGGCAAGUGGAAUUUGUUCCUAACAUAUAUGGUGACCUGCAGCAUCAAUACAAUUCUGAGUACGAGUCACCACUGAUUCUGUACAUCGUAUCAAAACUUGCAAUGAGAUUUCUCUACACACUGCUGGAAUCUCAUUACAAAGAAUGUCUACGUUAUGUGGUUUACGUUUGUACACCUCAUCUUUUACUGUGCCCCACAAGAAGAAAUCCAGUGGUGUAA